GAGCUCGCUGCACCGCCGGGCGCCCGUCGGGCUCGGGGGAGAGAGAGAGAGGGAGAGAGAGAGAGAGAGAAAUCCGGUUAAAAUCAGAAUCGGAGGGAGGUUUAACUACAGAUCGGUUCCGAUCGGAUUAUUCCUUAAAGGGGGCGCGCCAUUGUCAAGAGCACGGAGCCCGGGGCCCGAGGGCGGGGACCGACGGCGCCGGGGAGCGAGGCAGCUGCACUUGGACUGGGCACCGCCUGUCACAUUCCACAUUCUGCUUCACACCAGUGACUCACCACUGCUCUGCGCCCGGCUGCCCACUCAAGUGCCUGCAAAGUACAGGCUCCAGUUUGAAAAAGCUUCUAGAUGGAUCCUUUCCAAAUUUGGUGUCUUUUCUACAAACUCUGUGCCUCAACAACCAUUUCUAAGUGGUAAGGAGCUGAAGCCAUUUGUUGGAACUGUGGAUGAUUAACAGCUAAAUGCUUAAUUCUCAAAACUACUCAAAAGCCACAAAGUCUGGAUUAGAUGAGCCAAAUUACCACCAAGAAAUUACUGUCUCGAGUGAUACGCUUCAGCACCAGUCAGCAAAGUGAAUAAGUAUUGUGGUUCUUCCAACUUGCAUUCCACUUGGGGAAACAAGAAUACCAUCAUGUCCAACAUUACGAUUGACCCAGACGUCAAGCCUGGUGAAUAUGUCAUCAAGAGCCUCUUUGCAGAAUUUGCUAUUCAAGCUGAAAAGAAAAUUGAAGUUGUAAUGGCUGAACCCUUGGAGAAGCUGUUGUCCAGAUCUCUUCAGAGGGGUGAAGAUCUUCAGUUUGACCAGUUGAUAAGCUCUAUGAGCUCAGUAGCAGAGCACUGUCUCCCUUCCUUGCUUCGCACGCUGUUUGACUGGUACCGGCGCCAGAACGGAGCUGAGGAUGAGUCUUACGAGUACAGGCCUCGAUCGAGCACAAAGUCUAAGGGGGAUGAACAGCAACGUGAAAGAGAUUAUCUUCUUGAAAGGAGAGACUUAGCAGUAGAUUUCAUUUUUUGUUUAGUUUUAGUUGAAGUUCUAAAGCAGAUUCCUGUUCAUCCUGUACCCGAUCCCUUAGUUCACGAAGUUCUAAACUUAGCUUUUAAGCACUUUAAACAUAAGGAAGGUUAUUCAGGAACCAACACUGGGAAUGUGCAUAUUAUUGCAGAUUUAUAUGCAGAGGUCAUAGGGGUUCUUGCCCAAUCAAAGUUUCAGGCAGUAAGGAAGAAGUUUGUGACAGAAUUAAAAGAACUGCGACAAAAGGAACAAAGCCCACAUGUGGUACAGAGCGUCAUCAGCUUAAUAAUGGGAAUGAAAUUUUUUCGAGUAAAAAUGUAUCCUGUAGAAGAUUUUGAAGCAUCAUUCCAGUUUAUGCAGGAAUGUGCUCAGUAUUUCUUAGAAGUAAAAGAUAAAGAUAUAAAACAUGCACUUGCUGGCUUAUUUGUGGAGAUUCUUAUCCCUGUUGCUGCUGCUGUCAAAAAUGAAGUGAAUGUUCCCUGUUUGAAAAACUUUGUGGAGAUGCUUUAUCAGACCACUUUUGAACUGAGCUCCAGAAAGAAGCAUUCAUUGGCUUUAUAUCCACUAAUCACCUGCCUUUUAUGUGUCAGUCAGAAACAAUUUUUUUUAAAUAACUGGCAUAUUUUCCUACAGAACUGUUUGUCACAUUUAAAGAAUAAAGAUCCUAAAAUGUCUCGAGUUGCACUGGAAUCUUUGUAUAGAUUGUUGUGGGUUUAUGUAAUUAGAAUAAAAUGUGAAAGCAACACUGUAACUCAAAGUCGUCUCAUGAGCAUAGUGUCAGCACUUUUUCCAAAAGGCUCGCGAAGUGUGGUUCCUCGUGACACACCUCUCAAUAUAUUUGUGAAGAUUAUUCAGUUCAUUGCGCAGGAACGUUUGGAUUUUGCAAUGAAAGAAAUCAUAUUUGAUCUUCUCAGUGUUGGAAAAUCUGCUAAAACUUUCACCAUUAAUCCAGAGAGAAUGAACAUCGGCCUCAGAGUCUUCCUCGUGAUAGCAGACAGUUUGCAGCAGAAAGACGGCGAGCCGCCCAUGCCGACAACAGGAGUUAUCCUCCCCUCAGGAAAUACGCUCCGCGUGAAGAAAAUCUUUCUCAAUAAAACCCUGACAGAUGAAGAGGCAAAAGUCAUAGGAAUGUCAGUUUACUAUCCGCAAGUGAGGAAAGCACUAGAUAGCAUUCUCAGACAUUUGGACAAAGAAGUCGGGAGACCGAUGUGCAUGACUAGUGUGCAGAUGUCGAAUAAGGAGCCUGAAGACAUGAUUACGGGGGAAAGAAAGCCCAAAAUUGAUUUGUUUAGAACUUGUAUUGCUGCUAUUCCGAGGUUGAUUCCUGAUGGUAUGAGCAGAACUGACCUCAUUGAAUUGUUAGCAAGGCUCACGAUUCACAUGGAUGAAGAACUGCGUGCUCUGGCCUUCAAUACCCUGCAGACGCUGAUGCAGGAUUUCCCAGACUGGCGGGAGGAUGUUCUUUCAGGAUUUGUUUAUUUCAUUGUUCGUGAAGUGACUGAUGUCCAUCCCACGCUUCUUGAUAAUGCUGUAAAGAUGUUGGUACAAUUAAUAAAUCAGUGGAAACAAGCAGCCCAAAUGCAUAACAAAAACCAGGACUCACAGCAUGGCGUAGCUAAUGGAGUUUCUCAUCCCCCUCCUCUGGAGAGGAGCCUCUACUCCAGCGUGUUCCAUGUGGUCGAAGGCUUUGCCCUCGUCAUUCUCUGUAGCAGUCGACCUGCCACCAGGAGAUUAGCCGUCAGUGUCCUUAGAGAAAUACGGGCUUUAUUUGCACUUUUGGAAAUACCUAAGGGUGAUGAUGAAUUAGCCAUAGACGUGAUGGACAGGCUGAGCCCAUCUAUCCUUGAGAGCUUCGUCCACCUCACUGGGGCUGACCAGACUACUUUGCUCUAUUGUCCUAGCUCCAUAGAUUUACAGACAUUAGCAGAAUGGAACUCUUCUCCCAUUAGCCACCAGUUUGAUGUGAUUAGUCCGUCACACAUAUGGAUAUUUGCACAUGUGACCCAAGGCCAAGACCCAUGGAUUAUAAGUCUCUCCAGUUUUUUGAAGCAAGAAAACCUUCCUAAACACUGCUCUACAGCUGUGAGCUACGCUUGGAUGUUUGCAUACACAAGACUUCAGUUGCUGUCUCCACAGGUUGAUAUAAAUAGCCCCAUCAAUGCUAAGAAGGUCAACACCACCACAAGCAGCGACUCGUACGUCGGCCUGUGGAGAAACUACCUGAUUCUCUGCUGCAGCGCGGCCGCGGCCUCGCCCUCGCCGGCUUCUGCGGGCUCUGUGCGGUGUUCUCCUCCCGAGACGCUGGCGUCCACCCCCGACAGCGGCUACAGCAUUGAUUCCAAAAUUAUUGGAAUCCCAUCCCCUUCAUCCUUGUUUAAGCACAUAGUUCCAAUGAUGCGCUCUGAGAGCAUGGAAAUCACAGAAUCCCUUGUUCUAGGUCUUGGCAGGACCAACCCAGGAGCUUUUAGGGAACUAAUAGAGGAAUUACAUCCCAUAAUUAAAGAAGCACUUGAAAGAAGGCCAGAGAAUAUGAAACGGCGCAGGCGUCGAGACAUUUUACGAGUACAACUGGUACGAAUAUUUGAACUGCUGGCAGAUGCUGGUGUCAUUAGUCACAGUGCAAGUGGUGGCCUUGAUAAUGAAACACAUUUCCUCAACAACACGUUACUGGAGUAUGUUGAUUUAACUAGACAACUCCUGGAGGCAGAAAAUGAAAAAGACUCUGACACACUGAAGGAUAUACGAUGCCAUUUUAGUGCCUUAGUGGCGAAUAUCAUUCAGAAUGUUCCAGUGCACCAGAGAAGAAGUAUUUUCCCUCAACAGAGCCUUCGUCACAGUCUGUUUAUGCUGUUCAGUCACUGGGCAGGUCCUUUUAGCAUCAUGUUUACACCCUUGGACAGAUACAGUGAUAGAAAUAUGCAAAUUAAUAGACAUCAAUACUGUGCAUUAAAGGCUAUGUCUGCUGUACUGUGUUGUGGCCCUGUUGCAGAUAAUGUGGGACUGUCAUCAGACGGCUAUUUGUACAAAUGGCUGGAUAACAUUUUGGACUCUCUGGACAAAAAGGUGCAUCAGCUGGGCUGUGAGGCAGUCACGUUACUGCUGGAGCUGAACCCCGACCAGAGCAACCUGAUGUACUGGGCUGUGGAUCGCUGCUACACGGGCUCCAAGAGGGUGGCUGCCGGCUGCUUUAAAGCCAUAGCUAAUGUGUUCCAGAACAGGGAUUAUCAGUGUGACACAGUGAUGCUCCUAAAUCUGAUACUGUUUAAAGCAGCUGAUUCAUCUAGAAGUAUCUAUGAAGUUGCCAUGCAACUUUUACAGAUUCUGGAGCCGAAGAUGUUUCGCUAUGCUCACAAGUUGGAGGUUCAGAGAACAGACGGGGUACUCAGCCAGCUGUCUCCCCUGCCGCAUCUGUAUUCCGUUUCCUAUUACCAGCUGUCCGAGGAGUUGGCACGGGCGUAUCCUGAGCUAACUCUCGCCAUAUUCUCAGAGAUCAGCCAGAGAAUCCAGACGGCUCACCCGGCCGGGCGGCAGGUGAUGCUGCACUACCUGCUUCCGUGGAUGAACAACAUCGAGCUGGUGGAUCUGAAACCUCUGCCCACUUCAAGGCGACACGACGAAGAUGAAGACGAUUCAUUGAAAGACCGAGAACUGAUGGUGACUAGCAGGCGCUGGCUACGGGGAGAAGGCUGGGGGUCCCCCCAGGCCACGGCAAUGGUUUUGAACAAUCUGAUGUACAUGACAGCGAAGUAUGGGGACGAACUGGCCUGGUCGGAGGUGGAGAACGUGUGGACCACGCUUGCGGAUGGCUGGCCCAAAAACCUGAAGAUCAUUUUGCACUUUUUGAUCAGCAUUUGUGGGGUGAAUAGUGAACCAAGCCUCUUGCCUUACGUGAAGAAAGUUAUUGUGUACUUAGGUAGAGACAAAACAAUGCAGCUGCUGGAGGAGCUGGUGAGCGAGCUGCAGCUGACCGACCCCGUCAGCUCCGCGGUCACGCACAUGGACAACCCGCCGUACUACCGCAUCACCUCCAGCUGCAAGAUCCCUUCUGUCACCUCAGGAACUACUUCCAGUAGCAAUACCAUGGUCGCUCCCACCGAGGGCAGUCCUGACAGCAAGCCUGUCAAAGAGAACACUGAAGAGAGCUAUGUGCACCUGGACAUCUACAGUGGACUCAACAGUCACCUGAAUCGUCAGCAUCACAGGCUGGAAUCUCGAUACAGUAGCAGCUCUGGAGGAUCUUACGAAGAAGAAAAAAGUGACUCAAUGCCACUUUAUUCUAACUGGCGACUGAAAGUGAUGGAGCGUAACCAAGGAGAGCCACUGCCCUUCCCUCCAGCUGGAGGCUGCUGGUCGCCACUGGUGGAUUACGUGCCUGAAACGCCAUCACCUGGAUUACCUCUUCACAGGUGUAACAUAGCGGUGAUCCUUUUGACUGACCUGAUCAUUGAUCACAGUGUGAAGGUGGAAUGGGGAAGCUACCUCCAUCUUCUUCUUCAUGCAAUUUUUAUAGGGUUUGACCACUGCCACCCUGAGGUGUAUGAACAUUGCAAACGCCUGCUUCUGCACUUACUCAUAGUGAUGGGACCCAACAGUAACAUCCGAACUGUUGCUUCUGUCCUUCUCAGGAACAAGGAGUUUAAUGAGCCCAGGGUGCUGACUGUCAAGCAGAUCGCACACUCAGAUUAUACCUUCACAGCAGGCAUUAACGAUUUUAUACCUGAUUACCAGCCCUCCCCUAUGACCGACUCAGGGCUUAGCUCAAGUUCUACCUCUUCUAGUAUCAGCUUAGGAAAUAACAGCACCGCCAUUUCGCAUCUGCACACCACGAUCCUCAAUGAGGUCGACAUCUCAGUGGAGCAGGAUGGAAAAGUCAAAACCCUCAUGGAAUUCAUUACCUCAAGAAAAAGAGGACCCCUUUGGAACCAUGAGGAUGUGUCCCCUAAGAAUCCUAGCAUAAAGAGUGCUGAACAGUUAACUACGUUUUUGAAACAUGUGGUUUCUGUUUUUAAGCAGUCAAGCUCAGAAGGAAGUCAUUUGGAACAUCAUCUUAGCGAAGUUGCCCUGCAAACAGCCCUCUCCUGUUCUUCUCGACACUAUGCCGGGAGAUCCUUUCAGAUUUUCAGGGCCCUCAAGCAACCGCUUUCUGCAGCGACGCUUUCUGAUGUUCUCUCCAGGCUCGUGGAAACUGUCGGGGAUCCGGGAGAAGACGCACAGGGAUUUGUGAUUGAGCUUCUUCUCACAUUGGAAUCUGCAAUUGAUACUUUGGCUGAAACCAUGAAGCAUUAUGAUCUCCUUUCUGCCUUUUCUCAAACCUCAUACCACGAUCCUGUAAUGGGAAACAAGUAUGCAGCUAACAGGAAAAGCACUGGACAACUCAAUCUAAGCACAAGUCCCAUUAACGGUAGCAGUUAUCUGGGAUAUAACAGCAAUGCAAGAAGUAACUCUUUGAGAUUAAGUUUAAUUGGUGACCGAAGAGGUGACCGGCGGCGGAGCAACACACUGGAUAUCAUGGACGGGCGGAUAAACCAUAGCAACAGCCUGGCGAGGACUAGAAGCCUUUCCUGUCUGAGGGAGAGAGGCGUGUACGAUGUGCAGUCCACUACUGAGCCGGCCAACUUGAUGGCCACCAUUUUUUGGAUAGCGGCGUCUUUAUUAGAAUCGGAUUAUGAAUAUGAAUACCUCCUGGCUCUCAGGCUUCUCAACAAACUGCUUAUCCACUUGCCUUUGGAUAAAUCAGAGAGUCGAGAGAAGAUUGAAAGUGUACAAAGCAAAUUGAAAUGGAACAAUUUUCCAGGCCUUCAGCAGCUCUUCCUUAAGGGUUUUACCUCAGUAUCUACGCAAGAAAUGACCGUGCACCUCCUCAGCAAACUCAUUUCUGUCUCCAAACACACCUUGGUGGAUCCCUCCCAGCUGUCAGGCUUUCCUCUUAACAUCCUUUGCUUAUUGCCUCACUUAAUCCAGCAUUUUGACAGCCCAACUCAGUUUUGCAAAGAAACAGCUAGUCGCAUAGCAAAGGUUUGCGCAGAAGAGAAGUGCCCCACGCUUGUGAAUCUGGCGCACAUGAUGAGUCUAUACAGCACGCACACGUACUCCAGAGACUGCUCGAACUGGAUCAACGUGGUGUGCAGAUACCUGCAUGACUCCUUUGCAGACACUACUUUUAACCUGGUCAUUUAUCUCGCAGAGCUGCUAGAAAAAGGAUUGUCCAGUAUGCAGCAGUCAUUACUACAGAUUAUCUAUAGUCUAUUGAGUCAUAUUGACCUGUCUGCGGCCCCCGUCAAGCAGUUUAAUCUGGAGAUCAUAAAGAUUAUUGGCAAAUACGUGCAGAGUUCUUACUGGAAGGAAGCCCUUAACAUACUAAAACUGGUGGUGUCACGCUCUGCAAGUCUUGUUGUACCCAACGACAUCCCCAAGACCUAUGGAGGGGAUAUCGGUUCUCCAGAAAUAUCCUUCACCAAAAUUUUUAAUAACGUUUCUAAGGAGUUGCCUGGGAAGACUUUAGAUUUUCAUUUUGAUAUAUCUGAGACACCAAUUAUUGGAAAUAAGUAUGGUGAUCAGCACAGUGCAGCUGGAAGAAACGGGAAACCAAAAGUCAUUGCUGUCACUAGGAGCACUUCCUCAACGUCCUCUGGUUCCAAUUCUAACGCCCUGGUUCCUGUCAGCUGGAAAAGGCCACAGCUAUCACAGCGAAGAACGAGAGAAAAGCUGAUGAACGUGCUUUCCCUGUGUGGUCCGGAAUCCGGCCUCCCGAAGAACCCGUCGGUUGUAUUUUCUUCUAACGAGGAUCUGGAGGUCGGAGACCAGCAGACCAGCCUGAUCUCCACAACGGAGGACAUGAUGCAGGAGGAGGAGGCAGCCGCGGAGGAUAACAGCAGCGAGCAGCAGUUCGGUGUUUUCAAGGAUUUUGACUUUUUAGAUGUGGAAUUGGAGGAUGCAGAGGGUGAAAGUAUGGACAAUUUCAACUGGGGAGUCCGCAGGCGCUCACUGGACAGUAUCGACAAAGGGGACACACCCUCCCUCCAGGAAUACCACUGUUCUAGCAGCACCCCCAGCCUGAACCUGACAAACCAGGAGGACACGGACGAGUCCUCGGAAGAAGAAGUGGCACUCACGGCAAGCCAGAUACUGUCGCGCACGCAGAUGUUGAACAGCGAUUCUGCUGCAGAUGAGACGCUGCUGGACGCCCCCGACCUACUGCUCCAGUCUCAGGAUUCCACGGGCAGCGUCACGGCCGAGGACGCGCUUCAGAUCAGAGAUGAGACCCCCAGUCUGGAGGCUUCUCUAGAUAGUGCUAACAGCCAGCUGCCUGAGGAUUCAAGUUCAGUAUUAAAGGAGGAACAUGUUACAACCUUUGAAGAUGAAGGGUCAUAUAUAAUUCAAGAACAGCAGGAUUCUCUUGUGUGUCAAGGAAUUCUUGAUUUAGAAGAAACUGAAAUGCCGGAGCCUCUAGCUCCUGAAAGCUACCCCGAGUCCAUCUGUGAAGAAGAUGUCACCUUAGCUUUGAAAGAGCUAGAUGAAAGAUGUGAGGAAGAAGAAGCGGAUUUCUCUGGACUGUCCAGUCAAGAUGAAGAAGAGCAGGAUGCUUUUCCGGAAGUGCAGACGUCGCCUCUGCCGUCCCCGUUUCUUUCUGCCAUCAUCGCUGCCUUUCAGCCCGCGGCGUGUGACGACGAAGAGGAAGCCUGGCGCUGCCACGUCAACCAGAUGCUGUCGGACACGGACGGGUCCUGCGCGGUGUUCACUUUCCACGUGUUCUCCAGGCUCUUUCAGACGAUUCAAAGGAAGUUUGCAGAGAUAACCAAUGAGGCAGUUAGCUUUCUUGGUGAGAGUCUGCAACGGAUUGGUACCAAAUUUAGGAGUUCAUUGGAAGUGAUGAUGAUGUGUUCAGAAUGCCCGACGGUCUUCGUGGAUGCUGAAACACUGAUGUCUUGUGGUCUGCUGGAGACACUCAAGUUCAGUGUUCUGGAAUUGCAAGAACACCUGGAUACGUACAAUGCCAAAAGGGAAGCAGCUGAGCAGUGGCUAGACAAUUGUAAGAUGACAUUCGGUGCCAAAGAUGACAUGUACAGGAUAAACACAGAUGCACAACAAAUGGAAAUUCUAGCAGAACUGGAGCUCUGCCGAAGGUUAUACAAAUUACAUUUUCAAUUGCUGCUUUUGUUCCAGGCCUACUGUAAACUUAUCAACCAAGUAAAUACAAUAAAAAAUGAACCAGAGGUCAUCAACAUGUCAGAGGAACUUGCCCAGUUGGAAAGUAUCCUCAAAGAAGCUGAGUCUGCAUCAGAAAAUGAAGAAAUUGACAUUUCCAAAGCUGCGCAAACUACUAUAGAAACUGCCAUUCAUUCUUUAAUUGAAACUUUGAAAAAUAAGGAAUUUAUAUCAGCUGUAGCACAAGUCAAAGCUUUCAGAGCUCUAUGGCCCAGUGACAUCUUUGGCAGUUACGAAGAUGACCCUGUGCAGACGCUGUUACACAUCUAUUUCCAUCACCAGACGCUGGGCCAGACAGGAAGCUUUGCAGUUGUCGGCUCUAACCUGGACAUGUCAGAAGCAAACUACAAACUGAUGGAACUUAAUCUAGAAAUAAGAGAGUCUCUACGCAUGGUGCAAUCAUACCAGCUUCUAGCACAGGCCAAACCAAUUGGAAAUAUGGUGAGCACUGGAUUCUGAGAGACUUCCGGCAUUUAGGAAAGAAAUGAAACUGAAGAUAAUUACACAUAUUAACCAAGCACCUUUUAUGAACCCUUGCGAUUCACUGAUAACUUUCUGGCAGCAUCUACAAUGAAAGCGUAACUAAUGUGAAACUGUAACAAAACAAAGAUCUGAAGAAAAAUAAUCUAAUUGUUUAACAGCUGCCAAUACCUCCCACAAUAACUGUCUGAAGAUGGAAUUUUUAAAUUACUUAACCUAUGUGAAAAGAAAAGGGCUAAAAGUGAUGCAUACAAAUCCAUUACUUUCUGGAGAAAGACAAAGGAGUCCAAGAAUGUUUGCAAUAAUGGCCUUGAGUACCGGGACAUCCGGGAGCAGGUGAAAUGAGGCUGAAAUCACGGCUGGUUCAUUUUAGCCGAAGACCUGCAAAAGCUGCUUGGAUUUCCAGCAGUCAUAACAUUGUCUACAGUUGAUGCUUAAUCAUCUACAUGAACAUCCAGUCAGAUGUACACAUGCAAACUGAUUUUUCACUAUGUGGGAUAAGGGUUUGGGGUGUUUUUGUUUUGUUUGUUGGUCUGUAUAAGGAAUUGUGUGUGUGUGUGUGUGAGUUGGGAUGUAUGGAUAUGUGAUAGUCGUAUUUUCAAGGUAUGGAUGUUUGGUGAUAACGUCUCAGAGCAUGCCUAAAAGAGCACUGCAAGAUUAUUUUUGAAGAAAUUUUAUUUUAUUAGCUCUAACUCUUCAUAGUGUUGUAAAUGUUAGGACAUUUUAAUAAUAUUUUAAAGCUGGGCUUUCCCAGUAUUUGGAAAAGAAAUAAUAUAUCUGUUUAACGUUAUUGGAAUGCUGCUCAGUUCUCUGACCAGUGCUUAUGUUACAACUGUUGAUAACUAACCAAAGUAGAUGCCUGCAGAGACUUUAAAAAUGUAAAAUAAAGAUGUGUGCUGCCCGUCAGCUAUUCUCAUUAGAAGAGUUAACUUAUUUUACCCCAUAAUUAUUCUAGAAACUGUAUAGACUAAAACCAGUAUUUUCUUGUACAUUCGUGCCAUGCACUGUUAUACAAGAAUAGGUGUACAAAGCUAAAGAAAAAAAUGUGGUCAUUGAUGGUAGCAUAUAUGACUUGCAGGCUUUGAAGUCUGCAGAAAGGAGAUGCAUUCUUAUAUGUUCAUUCAGGGCUCACAUGUUUCAUGCUAAAGGAACCUGGGGCUGUGGGGGAAACGACAGGAAGCCUGGAGACCGACUACCCAAACAUGCAAUAUACUAUUCACUGUCUAGGGCUGUAGCAUAACAUGAACUGGAGCCUCUGGCCUUUUUUAAAUAGCAUUUUGUAAAAAAAAGAAAAAAGGAAAAAAAGAACGUAGUCCCACAAACUCUUCUGAUUUGAAAGGAACACCUUGUACUGUUUAGAUGCAUCUCUUAUCCACUGUGACUUUUCUUUUAAACUGGGCUCUGAUUCCAGAGUUUAGAAUGUAGAAAUGAAAUGCUUAGCUUUGCCUCUUCUUGGGGGUGUGGACCCUGCCAGAAAUGUAAUUAUGUAUGCCCAGGUGCAUUAAUUGCAUUAAUUGAAGGCACUGUGCACGUCCUUGGACUGCUGACCAUAGUUAUGUUUCCUGUAAAAUUCCCUAACUGGUCACGGCUCAUUCAUAAUCACUGUAUUUUUUGACCCUGAUAAAAACCAAUUAUUUUGAUGGUGUUCUGGUACUGUAAAUGGUGUCCUUUAAAUUAUUUAAUAACUUUUGGGUGCGGGGCAGGCAGAGAGGGUUGGUGUCCAGAGACACAACACACUCUACAUCCUUUCUUUCUCUCCCUCCUUACAUUUUUUGUUAAAAAUAAAAAGCAUUGUAGCUG